GACGUGCGACUAGCGAGAAAUAAUGAUUGGUUGGUGCCGGGGCAGCCUGAGCAGAAGAUAGAAGGAGCUGGUCGGGUGUGGAUAGGAGGUGUUCUGCGCGUGGACGUCGCUGCGUCCCGAGUAUCCUUCAGAGCUCGCAUAAAUAAUAGAACCAUUGACAACAUUUUGGAGCCAGUUGCCACAGACGAGAUCAAUAUGGAACCAAACAUCGAAAGGGAAUGCAGCGCGUUGGGAGGGCUUUUCCAGCAGAUCAUUGCAGAUAUGAAGAUACUUAAUUCCUUCCCUACUUUGUAUGAAAUGUUUCCUCCUUUUUUUGUU